UAAUGCCAAACGGGCACUGAGAACUAGAAAAAAGAAAGGAAGAAGAAAAAGGGGGAAUCGAGAGAGACGAAAAUGGCGAGGAAGUCAGGGGUUUUGAUACGACAGUUGUUUGGCAAUUGCAGCAACCCCUGUGCGGGUCUUCUUCAUCAUCGUCGUAAGCUUCUUUCUAAUUCAAUCCAAACCCUAACCCCAAAUACAAUCCCGAGUACAACAGAACCUUCACUCUUCGCUUGCAAAUUACCCUUGUCCUCGCCAAACCUUCAUUUUGUUCGACGCUCAGAUUCAGGUCUUUUAUUUUCAAGUCCCCCAAAAGUGGUCAUCAUUUCGCAGGUUGACGACUAUAAAAGGGCAGUUAAAGAGGUUGAAGAUGGACUUUUGCCAGCGGUUUUCUACUUCAUUCGUCAUGAUCGCUCACCUAUGUGGAGUGUGGCAUCUGAGAAGCUUCAUAACUUGAGGAAGCAAUUCCCACAUGUAACCUUAUAUAAGGUUAUCAGUAUUCCUGUGUUCGACACACAGGAAAUACUGAUGUCUUUCCUUCCUGAUUUUCAGCCAACAUUCCAUUUCUAUCGAAAUGGGGGUAAGGUAGCUAAGGUUGGUGAAGUUGAGUUGCAAUAUGCUUUUGCAAAGUUCUACAGGUAUGUCGUCCCAAUCGAAACCACCCAACCUACGAGUUCAUUUGGGAUGGGGGAGAGGAGAGGUCAACAACUUGUCAUACGAGCUAAGAAAGAUGAGAAUGACAUAGGAGUUGUAAGAGGGUGGAAAGUGGGACGUGCCGAGGAAUUAUCGCAGCGGAGAGGUGUUGUGACACUGUCAGAGCAGAGAGGUGGCCUUGUUGACGCUGUUGAGAGUGGUACUGCACCUUCACUUCAUGAAGUGAUGCAGGCUGUUGAAUCUUUACCCGGGGGGCAGUUAGGUAGUUGUUUGUGGUGGUUUGCAAAAGGGCUAUUUGCAUAUAAGCCUGAGAAGAGAGUGAUGUUUUCUAACGUGCAAGGGCUGUACUUUAAGGUUGAUUGGCUUCUUCAUGAAAUGGCUGAGGAAUAAGUUGGAUGGAUGCGCUUAAAGUAUGAAUUAUAUAUUAUGCUGUUGACGAUAUUAUUGUUUGCACUUGUCCGGUUGUUUAAAUUUUGGAUAGAUAACCUUAUGUUGUAACGUUUGUUAGAUAAUUAUUAAAUAGUCGCCUAAGCACUUGUGACUUUUAUUUGGAUAAUUAUUAUUAUAUGUUUGGCU